AUGUCGACAGAUAAUUCUCGAUCCGGGCCCGUCCUCGAGCAAAAGGAUCAUUCUGCCUGUGUUGAAGGGAUCAUCGGCAGCACUUCGGCGCUCAACACCCUGCAGUCUGGCCUACGAUUUGAUGUCAGCCCCGAUUUUAUCAACAAAACAACUGCUCCUUUUAUCCGAUACCUGUCUGACCCUGCUGUCAAGCUGCUCUGUAAUGGUCAGUUCCUCCAGGACCUGCUGGUGGUCAUUGUCGAGCCGCGCACGCUGUGGAAUGCUUUCGUGGAAGCAUUCAAGAAUCGAGCCCUGGACGAGAAUGCCAUCUAUGCCUUUGCAUGGAUGCUUAUGGAACUCCUGUCAUUGCCUCCUUCAAACCAUAUCGAUAUUAUUGCGGAUGCACAGAAUGCUGUCGAUGAUGGUUCUUUGCUCACAUCGUCCUCCCUGGAGAUUCGUACUCUGGGACACAAGAUCAAAAACCUCCUUCUGAUCAAGGAAUCCAAUACUUCCAUCGACCCAGACUUUUCUCCUGGAGGUCGUCACGACAAUGACCUUGUCGACUUCCGAAAAAUUGCCAUUUACCCAACAUCCGAAGAGUUCGUCUCGACUGAGAAACCGUUCUAUCGCCGUGCCCACGAGGUGUCUGAUCUGGCCCCUGAAACUCGCAUUGCUGCUCACCUGGACAACCAGUUCCGUCUGUUGCGCGAAGAUAUGCUCUCUGAGCUCCGCAAUGAUAUACAGACUGCCCAAGGCCCGAAAAAGGGCCAACGACGCGCCUUCAUUUUACGGAAUCUCUCCCUCAACGGCAUAGAUUGCGGUGACCACAAUCGAAGGAAGCAAUGCUCGUUGUUAUUCAGUUGCGGGUCGGGCCUGGGAAAGCUGACGUCUAUCGUGAAGAAGACUGAUCGGCGGGACUUCCUGAAGCAAAACGGGAAUUAUCUCAGACAUCGCUCUUAUGGCUGCUUGAUGCGCCAGGGGGAGAUAGUUUCCUUUGUGACUGUUGAUAGAGAUAUUGACAAACUUGCCUCGGAUCCCCCCGUGAUUGUACUACAGAUUGCAGAUGAGGCACUCAAGAAGACCCUUCUGUACUUGAAGAUGUACAAAGACGUGGAGUUCUUGUUAGUCGAUACGCCUUUUUUCGCUUACGAACCAGUAUUGAAAUGUCUCCAGGAGACCAUGGAUCUCACAUUGGCAGAGGAGCUGUUCUUCUAUCGACAAGGGAAGCAGCUGGCGCUGUUUGAUCUUGCGCCUCCUUCGCUCGUAGAAGAUCUCUGCGAGAAUGGCUCCGGUAAUAUCCAAGACAUACUGGGGACUUCCAAGCCCGUCACCCUUGAUUCUUCCCAACUGCAGUCUUUGAUUGCAGGGCUUACGCAGCGGUUGAGUCUCAUCCAGGGUCCUCCAGGAACCGGGAAGUCUUUCAUCGGUGCUUUACUGGCCAAAGCUCUCUACGAUCAUACAAAAGAAACAAUCCUUGUCCUUUGCUAUACCAAUCAUGCCCUUGAUCAAUUCCUGGAGGAUCUAAUGGAUAUCGGAAUUGACGAGUGUGCUAUUGUCCGGCUAGGCUCCAAAUACACAAAUCGAACCCAUCCUCUUCUUCUUUCGCAACAGAAAGCUUUGUAUACGCGUUCUAGAAACGCCUGGAAUGCUAUUGACAAAUACAAAGCUGAUGCGUAUACCCUAGAGCAGUCCUUGAUGAAAGAUUUCAAAAGCUAUGAGGAUUUCAACGUCAGUAACCGGGACUUCUUGGACUUCCUGGAAUUCGAAGACCCCGUUUUCUACAACGCUUUCAACAUCUCACAAGAUAACGGGAUGGCCUUCGUAGGGGGUUAUGGAAAGGAAAUGACAUCAGAGAGUCUCAUAAAUGACUGGAAAAAAGGAAAAAAGCUGAAGGCCUUUGUGGAGACCCUUUCCAAUGAUGCCCGGAGGGUGUGGGAUAUGGACCGUGAAACACGACUGGACCAUAUCCGUCGAUGGACGAAUAUCCUCCUGGAAGAAAAAGUGAUGAAUAUCUAUGGACAUGCCCAGCGUUACAACCAGUGCCAGCACAGACUGGAAAGCCUGUGGAAUGAGAGGAUACCAGCAACCCUGAAGUUGAAACGCAUCAUCGGCUGCACAACCACAGCGGCUGCCAUGUACUCUCACAACCUCCGCAGCGUGUCUCCUGGUAUUGUAUUACUCGAGGAAGCAGGUGAAAUUCUCGAAUCUCAUGUCCUUACAGCGAUGAACUCCAAGACAAAAAAGUUGGUCCUUAUAGGUGACCACAAGCAGCUCCGACCGAAGGUUGAUAAUUACGCCCUGACUGUGGAAAAGGGGGAUGGUUACGACCUCAAUCGUUCCCUCUUCGAGAGACUGGUUCUGGCUGGUUAUCCACACACGACCUUGUCGAAGCAGCAUCGCAUGUGCCCUGAGAUUUCAGCGCUUAUCAAGAAACUUACCUACCCCGAUCUGCAGGAUGAUCCGAAGACUAUGAACCGUCCUUUCCCACGCGGCUUACAAGACCGUGUUAUCUUUAUUGACCAUGAGCACCCUGAGGACAAUUUUAUGGAGAUUUCUGAUCGCUGUGAUGAAGGGGCCAAGGGAAGCAAGCAGAAUCUCUUCGAAGUGGAAAUCGUCCUAAAGAUCGUGCGGUAUCUUGGUCAGCAGGGCUAUGGAACUGAUAAAUUAGUCGUCCUUACACCUUAUCUGGGACAGCUUCAGCUUCUUCGAGAGUGUUUGCGCAAGGAGAAUGACCCCGUUCUCAAUGACUUGGAUUCUCACGAUCUCGUGAAGGCUGGCUUGUUGACACAAGCCAGCGCGAAACACUCCAACCGUAAGAUUCGGAUAUCUACGAUUGACAAUUAUCAGGGUGAGGAAAGCGACAUCGUAAUUGCAACACUGACGAGAAGUAAUAGAGACGGGAACAUAGGGUUUAUGGCAGCGCCCCAGCGUCUGAAUGUCUUGCUUUCCAGAGCACGCAACGUUCUGAUUAUGGUCGGUAAUUCCAAAACGUUCAUCAACAGCCGCAAAGGCAAAGAUGCCUGGACUCCCUUCAUCGAGCAACUGAAAGAAAAAGGACACCUGUAUGACGGGCUUCCUGUCAAGUGCGAACAACAUCCUGAUAGAACGGCAAUUCUGCAAACCAAGGAGGAUUUUGAUACGGAGUGCCCCGACGGAGGUUGUUCCGCGCCUUGUGGCGUGAAACUCAGCUGUGGAGUCCAUGAAUGUCCACAAAAAUGUCACCAGCUGUCAGAUCACUCCAAGAUGCGAUGCUACAAGAUCGUCAAGUGGAUAUGCAAUCGGGGCCAUGAAGCGUCAACGCUCUGUUUUCAAGUAGAUGGCCUGUGCCGUACAUGUGACACCGAGGACCGAGCAAAGGAACUUAGGCGUCAACGGGACCUGAAACUUGAUCAGGAGCGUGAAAAACGGAAGAGAGAACAUGCGCAGAAGCUGGCUGAGUUGCAGGAUAAAAUUGAACAUGAGAGACGUAUACGGAAGGAACAGUUCGAAAAUGAGGAGAGAGAAAGGGUUAUACAGCAACUUCAGGAUGAUCAUGCUCGUCUGAAGAGAAGAGACAACUUAUCUCAUCCCAAGUCGGAGAAGAGCCAUGACCCAGCUAACCGGACUGUCAGCCUUAAUGGGGAUAUGACAGAAGAAACUGGAUCACCUGGGGCUGACGCCCAACAACCAAAUCCAGAUGAUGCAAGGGGCUUCAAACAUAUUUCAACUGCUAGAGAUGAGUGGGAAAAACAGAAAUUCGAGGGCGCCCAAAACGAUGAAAUAGACUCAUUGAUGGAGAUGAUUGGGCUUGAAGACGUGAAAAAGAAAUUCCUCGACAUCAAAGACCGGGUGGACACUGCAAUUCGACAGAAAAUCGACUUGAAAGAUGAACGAUUUGGUUCCGUGCUUGUUGGAAAUCCGGGAACAGGCAAAACAACCGUAGCUCGUCUCUAUGCCAAGUUUCUUGCCUCUGUUGGUGUUCUUCCGGGAAGCUGUUUCGUCGAGACAACAGGCUCAAGACUGGCAAACGAAGGCGUCUCCGGAUGUCAAAAGCAGCUUGAGAAUCUAUUAAACAGCGGCGGUGGUGCGCUCUUUAUCGAUGAAGCGUACCAGCUAACUGGAGAGAAUUCCCCCCGCGCCCAAGUACUGGACUUUCUUCUCGCCGAAGUCGAAAACUUGACGGGUAAGGUUGUCGUGAUUCUAGCAGGGUACAGGAGCCAUAUGGAGAAAAUUUUCGCACAUAACCCGGGCCUGCCCAGUCGGUUUCCACAUGAGUAUAAGUUCGAUGACUAUGAAGACCACGAGUUGAGGCAAAUCCUGGAAUAUAAGAUCACCAAAAAAUACAAAGGAGAGAUGCAAGUUGAGGGCGGUCUUGGCGGUCUCUACUGUCGUAUUGUUGCCCGGAGGAUUGGAUACGGACGUGGGAAGGAGGGCUUUGGAAAUGCGAGAGCCGUCGAGAAUACCUUCUCACGUAUCUGUGAGCGACAGUCCAAACGGAUUGCGAAGGAGAGACGGGAGAAAAAGUCAGUAAAUGACAUGCUAUUGACCCGAGAAGACUUGAUCGGGCCAGAACCAAAACAAGUUCUCGAGACCUGUCCCUCCUGGAGAAAGAUGCAGACCAUGAUUGGCCUGAGUGCGGUGAAGAAGAAUGUUCGGGCUUUGCUGGAUAGCAUCCAAUAUAAUUACCAGCGCGAACUGGAAGAGAAACCUCUGAUGGAAUUCACUUUGAACCGUGUAUUCCUCGGCUCGCCUGGGACUGGCAAAACAACGGUCGCAAAGUUGUACGGCCAGAUUUUGGCAGACAUCGGCUUGCUUUCGAACGGUGAAGUGAUCGUGAAGAAUCCGGCGGAUUUUGUCGGCAGUUAUAUUGGUCAUUCUGAGAGGAAUACCAAAGGAAUUUUGGCAUCGACAGUAGGCAAAGUUCUCGUCAUUGACGAGGCAUAUGGACUGUAUGGAGGAGGCAGGAGCAAUGACAGUGGCUGGAAUGGUGAUAUUUUCAGAACGGCCGUCGUGGAUACAAUCGUAGCGGAGGUUCAGAGUACUCUUGGGGAUGACCGAUGCGUGUUGCUUCUCGGCUACAAGGAGCAGAUGGAGGAGAUGUUCCAAAAUGUGAAUCCUGGAUUGAGUCGACGGUUUCCACUGGACUCGGCAUUCGUGUUUGAGGAUUUUACCGACGACGAAAUUGGCCAGGUUUUUGACCUCAAACUCAAGCAGCAAGGCCUCGAUACUACAGAUCAAGGGAGAAAAGUGGCACUGGAAGUCCUUGGCCGAGCUCGCAAUAAGCCAAACUUUGGGAACGCCGGAGAGGUUGAUAUCUUGCUGAACUUGGCCAAAAUGAGAUUUCAACAGCGUUUGUCAACGGAAAAUUCGUUGACGUCCAUAUUGCAACCGCAGGAUUUUGAUGAGGAUUUUGAUAGGGGAGUAAGGGCAGAAACGAACAUCCGGGCGCUUUUUGACGGUGUCGUUGGCUGCGAAGAUAUCAUAACGCAGUUGGAAGGAUAUCGCCAGACGGUGAGAAGUAUGCGACAAUUGGACAUGGAUCCUCGAGAGCAGGUUCCGUUCAACUUCCUCUUCCGUGGUCCUCCAGGCACAGGCAAGACAACCACAGCAAGAAAGAUGGGUAAGGUAUAUUACGAUAUGGGGCUUCUGUCGAAUGCAAGUGUCGUUGAUUGCUCUGCUACGGACUUGAUCGGACAGUACAUUGGAUGGACUGGACGAAAGACUCAGCAGCUAUUAGAAAAGGCGCUUGGAAAAGUCCUAUUUAUCGAUGAAGCGUAUCGUCUCGCAGAUGGCCAAUUCGCGAAGGAAGCGAUGGAUGAGAUAGUUGACUGUAUCACGAAGCCAAAAUUUGCGCAGAAGCUCAUCAUAAUCCUCGCAGGGUAUGAUGCGGAUAUCAACCGGCUCAUGUCCAUAAAUCCUGGUCUAACCAGUCGCUUCCCGGAAUCGGUUGAAUUCAAAGGGCUAGCUCCUGAUGACUGUAUCAAGUUAUUGACGGAAUUGCUACUAAAGCAGAAGAAGAAGAUUCAACAGAAACGAAUAGAGUUUGAUAUGGGCGUUUUGGAGGCACCGAAUGCUGACUUUUCACAAGAACUGCGCCAUCGUUUUGGAGCAUUGUCGCGGAGUCCUGGCUGGGCUAACGCACGCGAUGUUGACUGCUUGGCCAGGAGCAUCUUUCGAAAGACAGUUACAUGUAUUUCUCAAGGAAAGGUCACGGUGGACAGGACAGUGAUUACUACAGAGAUGGACGCGAUGAUCAACGACCGCAUGCGCCGGGCUGCGUGA